GUUGAACUCGUGCCAUUGUAGUGACUCAUCUCGGGCAGAGCGCAGGGGCUCCGAGCGAAGCGACGGGCAAGUGAACGGCGCUCGGCGGGCAGGGGAGAGAGGCAGAGAGGCGCGGCCGGGCGAGGCAGCCCGUCCCGGAGCGGGCGCCGAGGAAGGGGUGCAGUCGGGGGCCGCAGCGGCGGUACGGGCAGCGGGGCCGAGUCCUUCUCAGCGCCGGCUCGGCUGGAACCGCGCGGGCCGGGCACGGGGUACCUUCUCCCCGCAAGUGUCCGAGCCGCUCCGAAACUCCGGCGGCGAGUCGGCCACAGGAAGUUUAUUCUCAGCUCCUUUUCUACAAGGAGGAAAUAGAAGUUUCUCCCGGCGGGCAGCUUUUCUUUUCGUCUUUUUUUGGUUUGUUUGUUUUGUUUUUUUCUUUGCCUUGUCUGAAAUCGGGGGGCCCCCGUACCUGGCAGGCGUGAUCCGCCGGGCUCUUAUUCUUUCUUUCUUUUUUUUUUUUAAUUUUCAGUUUUUGAUCGGGCCGGCUGUCCCGGCUGGGCUCCGGCUGCGCGCGGGAGCGGGAGGGCGCGCGCAGGGGAGGGACCGAGGGACGCGCGGACUUUUAGAGGGAGGGACUGGGGGGCCCGCCGGUCCCGCGGCGCUCGGAGAGCAGGAAAGCAGCGCAGCGCGAGGCGCUCGGGAGGCACGGUUCCUGGGCUGUCGCCGCCUCCCGUCCGCACCCGCCACCGUCGGGGAGCAGCCCGGGAGCGAAGACCAGAGCCCGAGGCGCGGCCGGCAGGGAGCGAGCCCGCAGCAGCCGGUGCGCGGCCGCGGCGAGGGCGGGGGAAGAAAAACACCCUGUUUCCUCUCCGGCCCCCACCGCGGAUCAUGUACCAGGAUUAUCCCGGGAACUUUGACACCUCGUCCCGGGGCAGCAGCGGCUCUCCUGCGCACGCCGAGUCCUACACCAGCGGCGGCGGCCAGCAGAAAUUCCGGGUAGAUAUGCCUGGCUCAGGCAGUGCCUUCAUCCCCACCAUCAACGCCAUCACGACCAGCCAGGACCUUCAGUGGAUGGUGCAGCCCACGGUGAUCACCUCCAUGUCCAACCCGUACCCUCGCUCGCACCCCUACAGCCCCCUGCCGGGCCUGGCCUCUGUCCCUGGGCACAUGGCACUCCCGAGACCCGGUGUGAUCAAGACCAUUGGCACCACUGUGGGCCGCAGGAGGAGAGAUGAGCAGCUGUCGCCUGAAGAGGAGGAGAAACGCCGAAUCCGGAGGGAAAGGAACAAGCUGGCCGCGGCCAAGUGCCGAAACCGCCGCAGGGAGCUGACGGAGAAGCUGCAGGCGGAGACAGAGGAGCUGGAGGAGGAGAAGUCAGGCCUGCAGAAAGAGAUAGCCGAGCUGCAGAAGGAGAAGGAAAAGCUGGAGUUCAUGCUGGUGGCCCACGGGCCUGUGUGCAAGAUCAGCCCCGAGGAGCGCCGAUCGCCUCCCGCCUCCGGGCUGCCGUCCCUGCGCAGUGGGGGCGGGGGAGUGGGCGCCGUGGUGGUGAAGCAGGAGCCCCUGGAAGAGGACAGCCCCUCCUCCUCAUCGGCCGGGCUAGACAAGGCCCAGCGCUCUGUCAUCAAGCCCAUCAGCAUUGCUGGGGGCUUCUACGGGGAGGAGCCCCUGCACACACCUAUCGUGGUGACCUCCACGCCAGCCAUCACUCCAGGCACAUCAAACCUCGUCUUCACCUACCCCACCGUCCUGGAGCAGGAGUCGCCUGCGUCACCCUCCGAGUCCUGCUCCAAGGCUCACCGCAGAAGCAGUAGCAGUGGGGACCAGUCAUCAGACUCCUUGAACUCCCCCACCCUGCUGGCUCUGUAACCCAGCUCCCGGGGGGUCCUCAUCACUGCCUCCUUCCCAGGGACCGGCACCUUCAAGUGCUCCAGGGCCGUGAGGGCAAGAGGGGGACCCUGCCAGAGAGCUGCCCUGCUCUGGGGAGACCUAGGUGGGAUUUUGCUGGAGGACUUCAGCAAUCUCUUAGAAGUCAUGGGACCUCCUCCCUUGUUCAUCUUGCAAAGCAAAUCCUGUUUCUUGAAAAGCCUUGGAAAACUGGGUUUGGUGGACUCAGGCAUCUCUCCAGCUUCUGAAGAGCCUGCGGCUGGUGUGGACCGUUCCUGUCCCUUUGUUACGCUACGUCUCUGGAGUGAUGGUGUCCUUCCCUGCCCCACCCAGCAUGCUCAGUGCCUUUUGGUUUCACCUUCCCUCUAUUCACCUCUUCCUCCCCCCAGUGUCAAUUUCACUUCCUCUUGGUUUUUAUCAAAUUUGCCAUGACAUUUCAUCUGGGUGGUCUGAAUAUUAAAGCUCUUCGUUUCUGGAGAUGGGCAGCAGGUGACUGACUCUUCUGCUGGGGCUGACUUUCCAGAAGGGGACAGUCAAUGUGCAAUACAGAACCUUCCCUCCCUUGACACUCCCCGGUCCACCGCCAUCUCCAGGACCACCAGCAGGGCUCCCUGAGCUCUCGAGGAGAUGCUGCCAUCACUGGGAGGCUCGGAGGACGCGUCCUCCCCAUCCUCGGACACAACUCUUUGGAGGAGCGGCUUGGCCAGAAGACAGGGUGUGAGUGAGACAGACGGAGCACAGGUUGGGUUUGCCAAAUGUCUAAUUACCAGGCCAGGAAUAGUGCCAACAAGCCACACAGGUGUCCUAGCCAGCUUCCCUUUACCUGGUGUCUUGAGCAGGACGUUUCCUGUAAUUACUGCCUUGCCAUCCUGCCCCUGGACCCUUCUCUCUAGACCAGGGAGGCGUCCCUCCCUAGGAACCACACAUCACUCCAAAGUCCCUAAUGGCUCUGCCCUCCCCCAGUCUGGCUCUCAGGGUGACGCCACCCACGGAGAUUUAAUGAGCGUGGGCCUGGCCCCUCCCCAAGCCUCCAAGGCACUUUUGCUGUGGAUGGAAAGGCAGGGGAGGAAGGAGGGAGGCAGAGUGGUAUUCGCCUCUCGGUGAGCUGCCCGGCCUUUUCUACCUUCUAUGGUCACCUGCUACCUGACGGAGUGCUUUCUUUUUUACAUACUCCUUCCCCCGGAGUGCUCUUCGGGUCCAGCCAGCCAGCUAAGGCUUGGGGCUUACCUGCCAUUCCUGGGGCGGUGUGGUGGGGGGCAGCUGCUGAAAUCAAAGAUGUGUUGCUUCCCACCACGGGAGAGGCGCCCCCCUCCUAUGGGGCUGGGAGUGGGGAGGGAGUCCUCCUCGCCUCCUGCUCCCUGCUCCCACACCUCUGAGCCUUUCUCUCCCUAGGGCUUAGCUCUCUGGCUGAUCUGGGAUGGGCCUCUGCUGGGCUAGUGCUCUGGGGGAGACCCUGCUGUUGUGAUUCCGCUCUAGAGAUCAUUGUAUGAUAAUUUAAAAUUAUAUAGAUAUUAUUUAAAUCAAACCCAGUGGGGGUUAAACUUUUAGACUCGGGAGGGAGAGAGAGCAUGCGAGAGAGCAAGCUGUUUCACGUUGGCUCACUUGCCCCCCUCACACACCCAGGCCUCGAGAGCGCUGGUCCUUACUGACUGCCCAUCCCCCCUCCGUGCAUGAGAAGGGAGCACACCGAAUGGAGCCGAAUGGAGCGUCCCAGCCCGGCCCGGUGCUUAAAAUACCCAGCCCACUCUGACUGCAAGUGACGUGUGAAAGGCUAGGCUACGCAGAGAGAGGAGAUUAAAAGAAAAUACUUUAAAAAUGUUAUUUCCCACAUUCCUUGGCUAUGAGGCUGCCCUCCCGGUUUCCCAGAGGUUCUGGGAGGGGCACUGCUUAGUAUACUGAGCAGUUGAGUUUCUGGCUUCAGAUUAAUCGAAGAAACAGAAGUCAGCCAGGAACAGCAGGAGGUGGGCAAGGAAAACUGGGGGUGCCCUCAGCUCUGAAAGGCUUAAUCAUCUCAAGCGGUAUUUGUGGCCAAUUGGGAGCUAUUUGCUGCUUUUGCAUAUAUAUAUAUAUAUAUAUAUAUAUAUAUAUAUUUCUUAAAUGAAGCUGCUUUGGUGUUUUAUUUCUAAAAGUCCUUUUGUGCCCCACUUUCCUCAACACUGAUCCCAACCAGGGCAGGCCACAGUCUGUGACUCGGGGCCAGGCUGGACAUUUCUGAGAUGGAGCUUGGCUCUGGUUCAGAUUUCAGGCUGUGUUGGCUUUGGGACCAGCGGAAGGCAGGAACUCCACCACCCCGUAGGACUUUAGCAGCUCCUAAGCUGUCCCAUUCAGGACCCUCUGGCUUUGUUCUAGGUCGAGGUUUGGCUUCCCCCAAAGCCAGAGGUUAUUUGGGGAAGGCCGAAUACGCACCCCUAACUCAUGAGCAUGUCCUCCUGACUUCUUCUGGCUUGUUCUCUGAGUUCACGCACACACACCCUUGCUCCAGGAUUACCAGCCACCAGGCCUGCCGCUUUCUCCUCCACAGCUCCCAUUCUAGGAACAGCUGCGGUUGGGGGUGCCUUCGUGCUUGGGCUGGGAACCGCUGGGCCUCCCCUGUGUCCCCAGCCAUGAGGCAGCUGGUGCGGAUUCCAGCUGGGCUGCAGGCAGCUCUGGGACGGCAUAGGGCAGGCCCUCCUUGACAGGCUAGUGUGAACCACACCGUCCUCUCGGCCACCUGGCUGGCCUCUCCGGGACCAGUUCUCCUUCCCGGCUGAGUGGACGGGGACAGCUGCUGACGCAGGAACGAGAGGAGAUCCCAGGUGAAGCUUGCUUGGGCAAUGGCGGAGCCAGCUGUAAGCAGAGAAUUCACGGGGGAAGUUUUCAGAAAGAAAUCAUUGUUCUGCCUGUGAGAAAGGCCAGGUGUGUCCACUGAGGCCAGUCGCACAAGCCUCUCAGCCAGGAGCCCUCAGAGGCUACUGCUUCGUUUUCUCAGGCGUUGAGGAAAAGAGUCUUCUCUCCACUCCUGCUUGGCUCUGCGUCUAAGGGAGGGCUCAGUGGUACAGGUAUUGGAACGUUUCUCCCGUUCCCUUGAUGGACCGACAGUGCUCCUGUAAUCUUACUGUUUACCUUUCCAGUUGGUCUCCUUCCCAAUCAGAUAUCAUACAGCCCCUUUGAGAAGGAAAGGCAUAAGCACCUACUAUGUGCCAGGCACUGUGUUAGGCACUUUUAGAAAUAUACCCUCUUUACGAUGAGACCAAGGGAUGAGGGUAUCCCCUAUUUGAGGCCCCCAUGUAAUGGACAAACAAAAACACUUGAAGGUGAGAAAGUCUUUCUUCAAAGAUCUGAGGCAAGAUUGCCUUCAGCCCGAGGUUUGUUCGCAAAGACCCAUCACCCACAGUAUCCUCCCACCUCCAAACUUCUUAUCCCUCUCCCUCGUGAUGUGCUCCUUUGCACUCCUCAGACGGUUGGAGGGGUAACCUGAGUCCUUAUAGAAAUUGUGGACCAAUAGGAUAGGUGAUGUGUGUAACUUUCUUUUUUAAAACUUAAGUAAAGGGGUCUUGCUACUUUCUGCUUGUCGAGUCCUCUUGGCAUUCAUUUAAAAAGCCAGCAUCUCACUAUUUAUUGACAGGUUGGGUGUGUGUGUGUGUGUGUGUGUGUCUGUGCGCCCUCGUGUGUGUGUGUGUGUACAUUUCCAAGUGUGCCUCCUGUAGCUUUUAAAAAGGAAACUCAGUUGUCCCACUACUAAUUUGACAUCUUCUCACGGUUCUAGUGUUUUGGCCAUACGUCAACAGAGGGAUUUCAUUUUCCAAUGCUGAUGUGUUCAGGAAAGGCUGGGUCAAAUUCUGAGCGGGGGAUGGAUGGGGAGGGAGAGAAGAAAUCGACAUUUAUUUUAUUAUUUAUUUAAAAUGUUUACAUCUUUGUGUUGUACCAAGCCUGAUGAGAAACAGCAUUAAAAUACUCAGUUCCUCUCUCCCUCUCUUUCUUCAUUUUUUUUUUUUGAAAGUUAGGCUAAUGAUGCUUUUUUUGUUUCUAAAAUGAUUUGUGACAUGUGUUGUAUAAACUGUAUAAAAAAGGUUCUGUUUUUAAAGACGGAUGGUCAUUCCUCUGGGGACAGUGGUCACCAAGAAAGUUCUACAUUGUAAGAGAAUACAACGAAAAGAUCCUGCCCUGUUCCUCAAAAAUCAUUUUCUCUGUAUGAUUAAAAGUUUAUUCCAUUUAUUUUAGUUUGUGGUUACUUGAUGUUGAGGAAAAAAUACUCGCCUUUGUAUAAAGAAUAGGUAUCAGGGUGUCUUUUCUGCAGUGAGAGAUGUAUAUAUCGUAUUUUGGUAUAUAGUGGAAAAGCCCAGGCUUUGUGCAUCUGUAUUUGAGAUAUGUCAAUGAUGUGGAGUAAAGUCUGCUAUAAUCCUGGAGGCAAUUAUAGCUCUAUGGGGGAAUUGAACUACCUUUCUGAGAAUCUUCUUUUUCUUCUCUCUCUCUCUCUCUCUUUUUGUAAGUAUUGGUGAAAUGGUCCCGUUGGGAAGGUUACUAAAUAGACCUCUCCUGGCAGGACCCAUGAGCUCAAAAAUCUUUGUAUAGCUUUGAAAAUUGAGGAGUAGCUCUGCUCUGAAGCAUUUCUGGUGGUGUUUUCCGUUGUUUUGUUAUUUUACUGUAAAAUAAGCCUACAGUAUUUGCACUAAAGAAAGCUUGUUAGAAAAAGCUUGCUGCUAUGGAAGAAAGAACAUAUUAAAACUUUUUUUUUUUUUUUUUUUUUUGGUUAGCUUUUCCACUUUCAAUUGAGUAGUUUUUGUAGAAUAAAAUGAAUUAAGAUUGAA